UGUUUGUUCAUUCCAGGGUCCAGGGUGAAAAAGCAGCCCUAAUCGUGCACAUGCUGUUCUCACACUGGCGGCAGGACGGGGAGGGGUGACCCGCACAACACCUUUUAAAGUUUCUUCCUGAAAGUCAGCUCUGGUUACUUUACAGAUGCCCUGGAAGUCACAGGGCCAAACUCAACAUCAAGGAAGAAAGCCAACAAUUGGGAAUGAUAGAAUCUACCACCUUUCCGGAACCCACAACCAAAUCAAGCAACGGUCCAUCAGGAAAACGUCAAGCGACCAUAGGUGUCUGGGGUCACGGGAAAUCAGGGGCUUGAACCAAAUGAGGUGGGGUAGGAAAGUCAGGCAAACUGUUGCCACGACCUCAGCCCAAGCACCGAGGUGGACGGUCUAGAGCUCGCGGGGGUCCGCUGCCGUCCCCAGCCCUGGAGAGCCCUCGCCCGUCUCUCGUAUGCAGCAGGGGAGCAGGUGCUUCACGAAGGCUCCCUGGAGAGCAGUCCUGAAGUUCACGGCCACACUUCCGGCUGCCUCCGGAUUUCUCCUCGGCAAACUCGAACGUCCCAGAGGCAGUUCUGGGAAACGCGGCUCUCAGCUUGGCACGGGCCGAACGCUGGUGUCCGCCCCAACCCCCUAGGUUGAGGUCUGACCCCACCGUGACGGUACCUGGGGACAGGCCUCCGGGGCCACGAGGCCCGAGGGCGGGACCCCUCGACGAGAAGGCGGCCGACGCGGUCUCACCUGGAACCGCCCCUAAGACGACAGCGGCCAACCUCACUGAGCGCUUCCCGGUGCCGGGGCGCGCGCCCUCAAGGUCCCCGCCGUCGGGGAGUCGGCGGCGGGCGGGCCCCGAGGCCGCAGCCCCGAACUUUAGGAGGAGGGACGACCGCCCGCGCCCACGACAGCGGCCCGCGCCCACGACAGCGGCCCGCGCGCGGAACGAAGCGCGCCCGGCUUCCGGCCCGGAAGAGGCGGUGCGACCGAGGCCCCGUCGGGCCAGUCGCGCCGCUUCCGCCGGACUAGUCCCAGCCAAUCCGGCUCAUCUGAGCCAAUCCCGGCGCGCGCCGCGGGCGCCGGCCCAUUGCAGCCAAUGGGAGGUCCGGGCGGCCCGGCUACGCUGGGGGUGGUGGCGGAGGCGGGAAACGCGGCGAUGGCGGGCAGGCGCGGCGCUCUCAUCGUGCUGGAGGGUGUGGACCGUGCGGGGAAGAGCACGCAGAGCCGCAAGCUGGUGGACGCGCUUUGCGCCGCGGGCCACUGCGCCGAGCUGCUGCGCUUCCCGGAAAGAUCAACUGAGAUUGGCAAGCUUCUGAGUUCCUACUUGGAAAAGAAAAGCGAGGUGGAAGAUCACUCGGUGCACCUGCUGUUCUCUGCGAACCGCUGGGAACACGUGCCGCUAAUUAAGGAGAAGCUGAGCCAGGGCAUCACCCUGGUCGUGGACAGGUACGCCUUUUCUGGGGUCGCCUUCACCAGCGCCAAGGAGAAUUUCUCCCUGGACUGGUGCAAGCAGCCAGACGUGGGCCUCCCCAAACCGGACCUGGUAGUGUUCCUGCAGCUGCAGCUGGCAGAGGCCGCCGCGAGGGGCGAGUUCGGCCGUGAACGCUACGAGAGCAGCCCUUUCCAGCAGCGGGCCCUGCAGUGCUUCCAGCAGCUCCUGGGAGACUCCAGUCUGCCCUGGAAGUCGACGCCUCCAGGAGCAUCGAGGACGUCCACCGGGAAAUCCGCGUGCUGUCUGAGGGUGCUAUCCGGGCCGCUGCACACAGGCCGCUGGGGCAGCUGUGGACCUAGAGGGACGGGACCCCCGUCUGCCGCAAGGCAGGAGCCGCGUGUGCACAGUGUCCGGGGGGGGGGGGGGGGGGCGAAGCGGGACCCCCCAGGGAGUGGCCUGCGGGGAAGCCUCUCCUGCCCUCACCUGUGCCCCGAAGAUACUAAUAAAUUAGUUAUUGUGUUUCGCUUACUGGAGUUUCACAAUGACUGUGUCCAGGCAGUUCCAUCAGGGUCGCUGACCUCCUCGUGGACGUCUUCAGACACCAGUAAAGAUGAAAUGAAAACAGUUGUGGGCAGCCCCGGGCCCAGCAGGCAUCAGCCGUGCCUGGGCUCUGAGCGCCGGCCUGACCGGUCUGUGUCCGAGUGGCAGCGUCCCUGUCUGAGCACGCCCAGUGCUCGCUUUGCUGUUCCCUCUGUUAAGGUCUGAAAUGCAGGUGUGUAG